AAGAGCUCAAUUAGUUAAAGGCAGUAACCGCGAUCAGCAAGCUAGUAGGUAGCAAGCAAGCGGUAAAAAGUUAAAUUACGAGCGUGCUGUAGAAGCAGAUGAGCAGUUUAAAAUAACAGUAGUAAAUAAUAAUAUGUACUCGUAAAACAAAUCUUAACGAUCAAUUUUUUAAAAAGAGUGAUGUUACGAAAAUAGUUUGUGUAAAUUGAUAUUAAUAAAGUUAGUUCUGUGCAAAAAAAUAUGCAUUUGUUUAAAGUUUUCUAUUUAAAGUAAAACGAAACGAAUACUAAAAGUUAUUUUUGAAAAUUUUGUUAAAAAAAUAUAACAAAACAUAGUUCAAGAAUAAAGUUAAAGGAAAAAAGGAUAUAAAAGCUAAUUUUAAAUAUAAUAUUACAAAAUGGCACAAUUAAAAUAUGUUACCAUUUGGAUUCUAAUGGCCACCACCUGUAUGUUGGUGAAUUUAAAGGAUGUCGAGGCUUCCACGGAAUAUAAUCAUUAUUUGGCACACAUUUUUCAAAAGUAUGGCAAUGGCGGAACUAUGUCUUUUGAGGGUCUUGAACAUUUAAUGUACAGCUUAGGACUAGGGCAAAUUGAAUUUGAAGCUUCUCACACUAUAGAUGAGCAUCAUCCACACGGUCUAUCGAAUAAUCUAAAAGAUCACGAGGAUAUGAAAUCGUACAUGGAUAUACAAACCAUAAAACUAUUGCCAGAUGAUGAUGAUGACAUUCAAAUCGCUCAGAAAAAGUCUCUGGAAAAAACUAAUGGCCAUGAACAUGAUAGUAAAAAUGAUAAAGAUAUUAUUUUAGAAUUUAAAGAAAUGCACGAUCCCAAACAUAGACAUCCUCGAGAAAAUGAAGCCACCUUUGAUGGACCUGCAUUGUCUUCUAAUGUUUGUUUAUCGCCAAAAUCUCUUUUGCGUUUGGUCGUCGACCACGAUGAUUUGCAUAAACGUAAAUUGUAUAAAACAUUUACGUCGUCUUCCGCAGCUGCGUCAUCCUUAAACGCAAAAAUGGAGGUUAAUAAUCAUGAUCAUGAUUUGGAAGAGGAAUACAAUCAAUUUAUUAAUAAUGUUCGUUUAACGCCAGUGGCCUUUAUGAAAUUGUGUCCAGCUCUAUUGGCUCAAAUAGAUCAACAAGUGUGUAUACAAUCUCUUCCUAUGACACAUGUCAACACUUCGAAGGGUGUAUUGUGGAAUGCAUGGAUUUACGCAAGUGCUUCCAUUUUCAUACUAUCAGCUUGUGGACUUUUGGGAAUUCUCUUGGUACCUUUGAUGAAAACAGUAGCUUAUCAGGAAAUACUUAACUUCUUGGUAGCUGUUGCUGUAGGUACACUAAGUGGUGACGCUUUGAUGCAUCUCAUUCCGCACGCAUUGGCAAGUCAACAUUCGGCACCCGAAUCCCAUGAACAUAACCACAAAGAGGAAUCCUCUCAUAAGCAUGAUACAAGCGUGAUAUGGAUUUGUGCUUGUGCCUUUUUCACUGCCUUAUUUAUGUACAUCAUUGAAACGCUCUUGCCAUUAUUGAAAGGUGACAAUGCCGAAGGAUCUCAUGGACACAGUCAUCAUAGUCACAGUCAUCCACCAACACAGAAGAAUAAUGAAAAGCCCUUAAGUAAUCCAAUGCCAGCAUUGGGCUUUGAAAAGACUGCCGAGCCUUCAACAGCCGAUGUAGGAGCACUGAAUAUUAUGUUGAAUGAAGCCAAACUCGAUAUGAAAAAACCUUCAAGACCCUUAACGCCUGUGGCUUUUAUGGUUGUCAUUGGUGAUGGUUUGCAUAAUUUAACCGAUGGCUUAGCUAUAGGUGCAGCAUUCGCCUCUGAUCCGGUCACGGGUUUGGCAACAGCAUUUGCUGUUCUUUGCCACGAAUUACCUCAUGAAUUGGGAGAUUUUGCCCUACUGCUACAAACUGGAGUCUCUAUGCGAAGAGCUAUUUGUCUGAAUAUUGUCAGUUCGGUUUUAAGUUUUGUAGGCAUGGCCAUUGGCCUCCUUAUAGCCAAUCUACAUACGAAUAUGACUCAAUGGAUAUAUGCCGGCACUGCCGGUUCUUUUCUAUAUAUAGCAUUUGCCGAUUUGGUACCGGCUAUGGCCAACGAGGGCAAGGGUAAAUUGAAAAGUUCAUUAGUACAAGUUUUUGGUAUAAUUAUCGGUGGCCUAAUAAUGUUAGUUAUAGCCAUUAAUGAAGAUGCAUUAGAAGAACUGUUCAACUGAUAAAAUAAUUAUAUUAAAUUACGCCUAUUUAGUGCCAAGUAUUACUAUGUUAUACAAAGUAAAUGUCCUCUCAUUGUCUUAGCAAUUAAGAAUAAUUAGCUUUAAAUAUUUUAUCCAUAAUAAUCAAGUAAACAAACAAUUUAGCUUUAGGUAAAACGAAUUUCUAAAAGUAUAUAUUUUAAAUUUUAAUUAAAGUGCGAUAUAAAAUAUUUUAUAUUAAAACAGCUUAUUAUACGAUCAAAAUAAAAAUGA